GAAUCCUCGAGGGCUGGUGGGUUCGAUGUUUAUUUCCACCAAGGUCGCUGGCUCAUUACACCUUUCCCUCGCUCGUACUCACCAUGCGCCCUUCUCUCCGACCACUCGUGGUUACGCCAUUUGCUCACUCGCGAGCUACUCAGUUUGCAUAUACAUCGAUUCGCCAACGCUCCACCGCAGCCGCAGCAACCGAAUCAUUGAGCCCACGAUGGCUGGCGGAUGUCAAGCAGCGAUUGGGCAAAUGCAUGACUUUUGGCAUGAAGCCUGAGCAGGUUGUUCGUGCAAGUGCCGUGUUGGAGACGGUAGCAAGAGACUGGAGGGAAUUGGUUGCAGGCAGUGAAGGGUUCUUGACUGGAGAGGACAGGAGGGGGUUUUAUCGGCAUGCGGUCGUUUGGGGUGAAAUGGAUAGUAUGAAGACCAGCCAUGUGAACAAUGUGAUGUAUAAUCGUUAUGCAGAGUCCGCUCGCGUCAACUGGACAAGGAACUUUGCUGUGGAUAUUGAUCCCAAGCACCGAAAAGAAUGGACUGAACUCAUGACACCAAAGAGUCUGGGAUUGAUCCUCCGGUCGAUCACAACUAACUACAAGUUUCCAAUGAAGUGGCCGGAUCACAUUUCGGUUUACCAUAAACUCGCUUCCGAACCUACGGCCGAAACAGACUCGUUCAUCUUGGACGUCGUCAUUAUGUCUGAACUGCAGCAACGGCCUGCUGCUCGUUGUGUGGAAGACAUAGUGGUGUAUGAUUAUCAGGCAGGGAAGAAGGCGCCUCUACUGCCAUUCAUGGUAGACGCAUUCCGCAAGACGUGGAAGUUGCAGGAGGAAGCCAAGAGAGUGAACAGCGAAAAGGUGAGAGGGCUGCUCAAGGAGGUCAGAGCGCUUGAACAAGAGACCUGGGAUAGAGAAGAUGCUGUAGAGGAUAUGGGUGUUGCAGGGCAAUGAUAGCAUGUGAUGCUAUAUAGGCACAGGGCACACUGAUAGAUGAUACAACCAUGUCUGAUAAGACUAGACAGAAUGGACUCGUUCAGAUGCCGGCAUGUCAGAGGUUGCUAGCCGGGAUAGAUAGCUGAUAGACGAGAUCAACAAGCCAGACGCCGCCACAAUUGCGGAGGUGAGUCCCGAGAACUGGCCAGAUAUAUAUUGCACAUGCCCCGCAGUCUGAGGAUCAUGAUAUAGUCGUUGAUGACAAUACCAAAGAGGCUUCAGGCACGCCGAGUAUGAAUCUCAUGACAAAAGAAUGCGAGG